AUGGAAUCCAACAACAAACCGGAUGGGCCUAUAGGGUCCAUUGAAGAGCCUGGCAUCAAAGCCGAAGGGCAGCUCAUACAUGCCAUGCGCAGGGAAGUUGCAGAAUUGCUUGGUAGACAACAAACCAGCUUCCCUGGUGCCCAACCCGUCAGUUUUGCCAGACAGCAUCUGGAUGAACUGACCAGGCAAGAUUACUACAUAUGCGAAAAGUCGGAUGGAAUUCGCUAUCUCCUCUACUUGACCGAAGACGAGAACCAAGGCGAAGCCCAUUACUUGAUUGACCGCAAGAACGAUUACUGGUACAUCACCAACAAGAGCCUCCACUUUCCCCGUGAAAAUGAUGUUAGUGCUUUUCAUACGGCAACACUUGUCGAUGGCGAACUAGUCUGGGAUAGUCUGCCCAAUGGAGAGAAGGAAGCUCGAUUUCUCGUCUUCGACUGCCUUGUGAUGGAUGGCAAUAAGCUUAUGGACCGGUCUCUUGAUAAAAGGCUUGCUUAUUUUCGAGAACGGCUAUACACGCCAUAUAAGAAGCUGUUCAAGGAUUUCCCUGACGAAGUGCAGUAUCAACCGUUUAUUGUGGAGAUGAAACCCUUCCAGCUGGGUUAUGGUAUCGACAUGAUGUUCAAACAGAUUCUACCGAACCUAAAGCAUGGCAACGACGGCCUCAUCUUCACAUGCCGGAACACGGCUUACAAACACGGCACUGACCCCCAUAUUCUUAAAUGGAAGCCCCCGGAAGAAAAUACUAUUGACUUGCGGCUUAAACUUUCGUUCCCGACCGUCGAGCCUGAUGAAUGGGAGCGCAAGGAAGGCAUUACUGAGCCGUUUGUCGAUUAUGACAGUGUACCUAAAGCAGAAUUAUUUGUCUAUAAAGGUGACGGUCCGGAAAAAUACGAGCGGUUUGACGAUCUUUUCAUCACCGAAGAGGAAUGGGAAAUAUUGAAAAGCUUGAAUGACCCUUUGAAUGACCGCAUUGUGGAGUGCAACCAGGACGACCAGAGAAGAUGGCGUCUUCUCCGCUUCAGAGAUGAUAAAAAAGAGGCAAACCACACAAGCACAGUCACAAGCGUCUUAGAGAGUAUCAAAGACCGCGUUUCGGUAAAGGAUCUCUAUGACGCCGCCGGAGUCAUCAGAGAUAGUUGGAAAGCCAGGGCAGCACGUGAAGCUCCGCGCCCACCACGAUAA